UGUUCCUGCAUUUUUGGCACUUCUUCUCCAGAACAGCUCCCACCCCAAGUCAAUCACUUCUCCUAACCCAACCCUCAAGGCGACGAAGCCGACCUAAUCCCUUGGUCAGGGCAGACAAUAGCAAUUACUGUCUUGCGAUGUCCGCAUCCGCCCCAGGAGUCCAGAAGCUCGAGAAGAAGCCCGUCAAGUUCAGCAACCUGCUGCUCGGCGCUGGUCUGAACAUGUUCGAGGUGACGACCCUUGGUCAACCUUUGGAAGUCGUCAAGACUACCAUGGCUGCCAACCGAACGGACACCUUCGCCGGUGCCUUGUCAAGAGUAUGGGCUCGAGGUGGUAUCCUUGGAUACUACCAAGGUCUCAUUCCAUGGGCCUGGAUCGAAGCCUCGACAAAGGGUGCCGUCCUCCUCUUCGUCGCCUCCGAGGCCGAAUACUAUGCAAAGACCUUCGGAGCCAACAACUUCGUUGCUGGAAUCAGUGGUGGUAUGGUUGGUGGUGUUGCGCAGGCGUACGCGACCAUGGGUUUUUGCACAUGCAUGAAGACUGUCGAAAUCACCCAGCACAAACUGGCCGCGCAGGGCGUGAAGCCACCCUCCACAUUCGCGACUUUCGCGGACAUCUACAGAAAAGAGGGUAUCGCAGGUAUCAACAAAGGUGUCAAUGCUGUUGCCAUUCGUCAAACUACAAACUGGGGUUCUCGUUUCGGUCUGUCCAGAUUGGCCGAGAGUGCCAUUCGGAGGAUGACUGGCAAAGACGAGCACGAGAAGCUUGGUAGCCUUGAGAAGAUCAUCGCCAGUGGUCUUGGUGGUGGUUUGUCUGCUUGGAAUCAACCGAUCGAAGUCAUUCGUGUUGAGAUGCAGAGUAAGAAGGACGACCCCAAUCGUCCCAAGAACUUGACUGUUGGUAAGACAUUCAGAUAUAUCUACGACAACAAUGGCAUGAAGGGUUUGUAUCGUGGUGUUACUCCACGUAUUGGUCUGGGUAUUUGGCAAACCAUUUGCAUGGUUGCUUUUGGUGAUAUUGCCAAGGACGCAAUUGAGAAAUUGACCGGUGACAAAGUCACCGCGAAGCACUAAACGGCGUUUUGGUAGAGAUGUGGGAAUCAACCAGAUUAGAGGCAGAGAUGGCGAGCUCUGGGUCUUUGACGGCGGUAGUCGUCAGCUCAACGACUGACACGUUACGCCUGCAAGGCUUGUCUUUGGGGGACUGAUCGACCUGGAAUUUGUUCACCAUCUGGCGUUAAAAGUUUGUUGCCAUGUUUACCUCUGUUGCGUUUUUGGCGGACGAGACAGCGAUGGACGUGAUGCUGAACAGGUAUAGAUAUGGAGU